GCGCUUUUGCGGAAGCCGGCGGCGUCCGGUCCAGCCUCCUCCGGGAGCAAGCAGUUGGCGACCCCGCGCUAACCCGCGCAACUCUUUCCCGAUCCCCGAGUUCUCACACGGUGUCCGGACAGAUCGAGGCCAUGGCCAUUCUUUUUGCUGUUGUUGCCAGGGGAACCACUAUCCUUGCCAAACAUGCUUGGUGUGGAGGCAACUUCCUGGAGGUGACAGAGCAGAUUCUGGCUAAGAUACCUUCUGAAAAUAACAAGCUAACGUACUCACACGGCAAUUAUUUGUUUCAUUACAUCUGCCAAGACAGGAUUGUAUAUCUUUGUAUCACUGAUGAUGAUUUUGAGCGUUCCCGAGCCUUUAAUUUUCUGAAUGAGAUAAAAAAGAGGUUCCAGACUACGUAUGGUUCAAGAGCACAAACAGCGCUCCCAUAUGCCAUGAAUAGUGAGUUCUCAAGUGUCUUGGCUGCACAGCUGAAGCAUCACUCCGAGAAUAAAGGCCUAGAUAAAGUGAUGGAGACUCAAGCCCAAGUGGAUGAACUUAAAGGAAUCAUGGUCAGAAACAUAGAUCUGGUAGCUCAGCGAGGCGAAAGAUUGGAAUUAUUGAUAGAUAAAACAGAAAAUCUCGUGGAUUCGUCUGUCACCUUCAAAACAACCAGCAGAAAUCUUGCCCGAGCCAUGUGUAUGAAGAAUCUCAAGCUCACAAUCAUCAUCAUCAUCAUAUCAGUCGUAUUCAUCUAUAUUAUUGUGUCACCACUCUGUGGUGGAUUUACAUGGCCAAGCUGUGUGAAGAAAUAAAAAAGUUAUCAUUAACCAAGGAUACGAGAGAACAAGGAGUUAAAAGCAAUCCGUGUGAUUCAAGCCUUUUAAUACUGACAGAUGGUGUCUGCCAGUCUCUUCAACCCCCUUCUUUCUCUCUUUUUUUAAAAUAUUCUUCUAUGCCUCCAGAUUUAUCUUU